AUGGCUGCCCAGAAGCGGCUACGCCAACGCGGAUUUCAUUUUCCCGAAUGGAUCAUCCUGGAUCGCGAGUUUCGCGCGAUCUGGGUUGCACUGAAAGCCCACCCCCUCUGCGACGGAUGGGUGCAUGUGUCCGACGCUGACCUGUUCAACCUCAAGGACUGGACCGCUGCGUGUCUCGACACCGUCUUCAGGACAUGCAUCAGAGUCAUCGAGCCUCGUCUCGCCACCGACCACGGCGCUCCGCUGCCGGACGAGUGGCUCGCGUGCAAAGUCAUCGACGCCCUGGUGCAGACGGAGCCCAGGUGGAAGGUACUGAGCUUUUUCACGGACGAUGCCGAUGAUCAGGGCCAUUUCGUAUGGUUUCUCUACAUCUACAUCGACGGUCGGCAGGCGUACAUCAAGAAUGGCAACAACGAUCCGGCGAACUUGUCGAAAUGCGAAGCAGCGCUUCUGUCGACUGUCGACAGGCUCCUUUUGCUGUUCAAGCGCAGACAGGAGACCUACGACGCGUGGUGCAAGGCUUCUUCUCAGCCGAGCCAGGGAGAAGCAUCCCGCAAAGCCGCUGCGUCUUACGCCACCGCCCAGCACAGCGGUUUGACACUUGACCCAGAUGCUCAAUCAAACACUCUUGACGCAAACAGAAAAGGGGAUUCCAGGGUUGAGCAGCUGAAUGCCGAUGUCAAGCAUGUACAACAACAACUCCAUGAACUAAAGUCCACCGUGGAAACACGCCUCGAACAAGUCGGUCUCAAAAUCGACGCGCAAGCAGCCUUCGCCAGAGACGCCAUGGCUAGACAAGCGUUGACUGCGUCGUCGAGUAUCAAGGAAUUGACGGCAAAAACAAACGACGAGCUCAACUCAGUUACUGCCGCUUGUUCGCACAUGAGUCAAGCUGUGGCGACACUCAUUGAUACGCUCGAUCGCCAGGAAAAGAAGAUCGAUGACUUCAAGACUCGAGGCAGCGCACGGGAGGUCAAAGCCGGCACCAGCAAGAAGACGCACACAUUGGAAGCCGCCAUGGACAGGACGACUCAGACGGCUGGGGCCGGCAUCGACAAGGAGAUCCAAACCAUUGAGUUCGAAGAAUCUCCUCAUCGUGCGCCACAAGAUGCAGCUACAAUACGCCAAAAUUUGCAGCACGUGCGCAAGACUACCUCUCAUGCUGGCCCUUCUCCAGCCGAGGACCCUCACAGUUCGGUCCGGCGAAGCGUUUGCCAAAAGACGGACUUGCCCGGAAAUCCUCCUCCUAUCGCGCUUCCUGAUAGCGCCGAUUCUAUCGAGACCACGCAAAACCGGGCUGCGCACAUCGAAACUACCGUCAAGACAGCCCCUUUAGAGAUUGUAUUGGCCAAACCCUAUACGCCCGGACAGAGGGAUGCAGCAACGAAACAAGAGAAUAUGGCAUCUCUUGUAGACAUCCUCGACAGCGCGCCAGAGCCACUUGACAAGGCCGUCCAGGACAUACUCGACCUAGAAAAGAUCAUGGCCUCGUUCUCUCUAUAA